GCGAACCUCUUCUUCCCAACAAAAAGGUUCUAACAAGCUGAACUGAAGAGAAGUUAACAAACAAACAGGCAAUUCUUCUUCUUCCCAACAAUCCAAAGGCUCUGCUACUACGUACUACAAAUACUCACUGUCUCUGUCAAAUGCCACUGUUUCUCCAUUGUUCUUGGUGUCACAAAUCCACUUCAUGUCCUGUAGAAUGGGAGUGAUCAUGCUGCAGUCCUCUUUGCUCGUGAAGGAGAAUGAAAGCUCUGAAAGAUCAUGGACCAUCUUCAAAAGUUCUCAUACGAUCCUGAACUCGAACAGCAAGCCAAGUUUCAGUCGACAAAAUUCAAAGUUUGGCAUUAACAGUGCACCUUUUUCUAGAACGAGUUUUCAUACAAGACGACAAAGUUGGAAAAUAGCUUUUGCUUUAGACACAGGAGGAAUUCCAAGCAGUGGUGACCAAGACAGCCUCAAUGGUGACAGCCCUGGUCUAGGCCAGACUCGAUUGAGCAGGAUAGCAAGUGCAGCUGGCAGACAGCUAUUGGAUAAAUUAAAUUCGGCUAGAAAGAACCUCCCCAUGAAGAUAUUUCUCCUCCUCCUGGGUUUCUACACGGCAAAUGCACUGGCUACAAUUCUCGGGCAGACUGGUGACUGGGACGUACUGAUUGCAGGUAUUGUGGUUGCUGCCAUUGAGGGGAUUGGUAUGCUAAUGUAUAAAAAGCCCCCCACUCUAUCAACUCGGAGGUUGCAGUCUUUGGUAGUGAUGAUAAAUUACUGGAAAGCCGGUGUUUGCCUAGGCCUCUUCGUGGAUGCUUUCAAAUUAGGUAGUUGACUUUGUUCUCUCAAUCUAAUAAUCUGUAGUUGUUCCUUAAUGUUUCUGUCUACUUCUUUCCCAUUGUAGCAUUAUUCAUAUCCAGGUUACAUUAAGGACAUGCAGAUGUAUGUAUGACAAUCACUUCCAUAUAUAUAUUGUUUUGCGUCGCCUUCAA